CCAACUCCCCUCCUCCCCUCCCAGAGCAGCAAACGGGUUAAAUCCUUCCCCGGCCAGCUCAACCCUCUCCCGCCCGGGGAAUCCUGGCCAGGUUUUUCCUUCCGCUGCCCGCACCUCCCCGCCGGCCAGCGGGUGCCCCGGGAGGCGGCGAGGGGAGCGGGGCGCCCGGCCAUGCGGGUCCCGCUGCCCGCCCUGCUCUGCGGCUCGGCCGCCGGGCUCCUGCUGCUGCUGCUGCGGUGGCGGCGCCGGCGGGGGCUCUGGAGGAGGGUGCAGGGGGCUCGGCAGAGGCAGGAGCGGAGCCUGGUGCAGAUGGAGACGGCCGUGCGGCGCUUUCGGGAGCAGCAUCCUUCUGUGAACGUGGUCUCCAUCCUCUCUCUGCCGUUGCCGGAGCUCUCCAAGAAACUCCGGGAUGGCUCCCUCCCUCCGGAGCACGUCUUCUAUGCCUACGUGGGUAAGGCUCUCCAAAUCGCCACAGAAACCAACUGCAUCACGGAGUACCUGCAGGAAAGCGAGACCCAGCUCCAGAAGGUGAAGCUGACAGGGAAGCUGGAUUUGCUCUACGGAGUGCCUGUCAGCAUCAAAGACUCCAUCGACUGCCAGGGUCAUGAUUCGACGUUAGGAUUUGUAAAAAACUUCAAUAAACCUGCAGCAGAGGACAGCGUGGUGGUGCAGGUGCUCAGGAGACAGGGGGCAAUUCCAUUUGUCAAAACCAACGUUCCCCAGUCCCUCAUCAGCUAUGACUGCAAGAACUUAAUCUUUGGUCAGACAUUCAACCCUCUGCUCUACACCAGAAGCCCUGGAGGCUCCUCUGGUGGAGAAGGAGCACUUGUAGGAGGAGGUGGGUCCAUCUUGGGCUUUGGGACGGAUGUAGGAGGGAGCCUGCGAUUCCCUGCUGCCUUCUGUGGGAUCUGUGCUCUCAAACCCACCGGGAACAGACUCAGUAAAAAAGGAAUAAUCUCUGGUGUCCUUGGGCAGAAGGCAGUGGUCGCAGCAGUGGGGCCAAUGGCAAAAGAUGUGGAGAGCCUGGCGCUGUGCAUGCGGGCGCUCCUGUGUGAGGACAUGUUCAGCCUGGACAGCACGGUGCCCCCCCUUCCCUUCAAUGAAGAGGUGUAUUCCAGCACUCAGCCCCUCCGCAUAGGCUAUUAUGAAACCGAUUUCUUCACCAUGCCAAGCCCUGCCAUGAGACGCGCUGUUCGGGAGACGAAGCAGCUGCUGGAGGAUGCUGGUCACACGCUGGUGCCCUUUGAACUCAUGAAUGUGGACUAUGUGAUCUUUAACUUCUGCAUCAGGGGAGUGUUUGCAGAUGGGGGUGCCUCCUAUGUCAAGAAAUUCGAAGGGGAGCUGGAGAAAGGCAGCAUGGGGCUGUUAUACUGGUUGGCGAAGUCACCAAACUGGCUAAAAACUGUGCUCUCCUGGAUUGCCAAACCCUUCGUCCCUCGAUUGUCAGGUAUCAUAAGAAGUAUGAGAGCAAACACGGUGGAUGAAGUCUGGAGUCUUCAUCAUGAAAUUGAGGAAUAUUGCCACCAGUUCACCGCCCAGUGGAAAAAGCUGAAUCUGGAUGUCAUGCUUUGUCCCAUGCUGGGCCCGGCACUCGGCAUCGGCUACCCUGGGAAGGUCUCAGUGGCAGUCAGCUACACCAUCCUCUACAACGCCUUGGACUUCCCCGCCGGCGUGGUCCCCGUCACGAUGGUGACAGACGAGGACGAGGAGGAGCUGAAGGGCUACCAGGGGUACUUUCGGGACUGGUUGGACCGGACCUUGGCAAAGGCUUUCCAUGGCAGCGUGGGGCUGCCCGUGGCUGUGCAGUGCGUGGCCUUGCCGUGGCAGGAGGAGAUGUGCCUCCGGUUCAUGAAGGAGGUGGAGACCCUCAUCUUGAAGAAAAACAGGCUUGUCUGAGUCCCACACGCUCGCCCGGAUCAGGAUGCCAACUAACAUCAGCACAGGUCGUCCUUUGGUCUGACUCGCCCACAGGACUCGUGUUCCCCUCUGUGAGGAUACGGGGCUGGCUGGGCUGGCUGCUGGCUUUGGGGUGCGAGGGGAAAGCGAGGCAAGCUCUGCAGUGGUGGAGCACUUCCAAUCAUUGUCCUAAUACAGUAUUUUUUGUUAUCAGAA